AUGAAUGUUCACAGUGAAUAUCUAAGUGAUCCAGGAGUAGAGCUGAAAGAGUCUGUGACACAAGGAGAAAAUGUAGCUGAGGAGAAGGGUCAGAGCGAAGAACCAAGUCGUCCAAUACCAUGUCUCCAGAAGCAGACAGUAUUCUUCCAGAAGGAGGACAAAUUUGUAUUUCAGUUUCUGGUGUAUUACUGCGGGGUUAAAGCUGUACGCUGGGCUCAUUGUGGGCAGGAGAAGGUGCAGUUCCUUGCGGUGAAUGCACAGCAGCUCCUACAAAGAAUGAUGGACAAGUGGUUUUGGAAUUGCAAGGGGAAGCCAGUGAGUUUGCUGCGCAUAGAGCAGAAGUGCAUCACCGUGUAUAUGGAUUGGUAUCUGGAUGCCUGGAGCAUGCCUUCAGAGGCCUACUGCUCCAGGGAAGCACCAACAUGA